AUGGCAUUAAUAGAGACGAUCGCAUUGGUGGCCACAGUCAUCACUAUUAUCUCAUUCCUCAGUGGACUGUCCAUUUGUCUGGAUAUCUACCGCAAAGGAUCCACUCAUGAGUUCUCGUCCAUACCAUUCAUAGCCGGAGUCUUGUGGUUAGGUUGCACUCUUUGGUUAAGAUAUGGUUAUAUGCUUUCGGAUGAGACCAUGAUUUUUGUCAAUACCAUCGGCCUAUCACUGCAAGCCUUUUAUCUGAUCUGGUUUUACGCCUUUACCAUCAAACGAAGUCAACUCAACAAACAAAUUGGUUUCUUAUUAUCACUGCUGGUGUUGGCGUAUGUGGUGGUGGAGUCGCGAUCGGAUCCCACGUAUUUGGCCGGACUCUUAGCCUGUAUCUCAUCGCUGGUGUUCUGCGCGGCGCCGUUGGCUUUGGUCCGCGACGUCGUUCAGUCCAAGAGCUCCGAGAAGUUGCCAUUCAUUCUCAUUAUAUCGUCGUUUAUGGUGACUAUUAUGUGGUUUCUGUACGGACUGGUCAUCAAAGAUCAGUUCGUGUCCGUCACCAACGGUAUCGGAGCCCUCAUUAACACCGUUCAGUUGUCUCUGUUUGUUAUUUAUCCAAAUAAAGCCAAAACACAGGCAAACGAUUUACGGCAAUCUCUAUUGAAUAGUCAAAAUGAUUUGAAACCCGUACUUAAGCUGUGAUUUAAAUUGUAAUAAUUUAAUUAUAUUUAAUGGUAUUAUCAUACUUAUGACCAAAGCAUAAAUCUCGUCCAUUUGUUUGCA